AUGGAGUUUACCACCCGCUUUGGGCUGCAUUCCCAAGCAACCCGACUCCGAGAAGCCCCGGGCCCGGCGCGCCGGGGGGCCGCUACCGGCCUCACACCGUCCGCGGGCUGCGGCCUCGAUCACAAGGACUUGGGUCCCCCGAGAGCGCCGCCGGGGAGGGGGGCUUCUCGGGUCGCCACGUCUGAUCUGAGGUCGCAAGCCCAAAGCUGCGCGGCGCGCCGCGCCGUGCGUCCCCCCGCGCCGCCCCCGCGCCGCUUCCCGGAGAAGCGCCGCGCCGGCGACGACGACGGGCCCACGGACGACGGCCGGCUUUUGCUCUGCCCCCCGCGCCUCAACUCGCCGCGAAACCCUCCCUUCCCUUUUCGUUCGGUUUCUUUUCCCCCCACCCCGGCGGGCGCCGGGGGGACGAGAACGAGGGAGAGCCAGAGGGAGCGGACGCGGGAGACGGACGCCCCGUCCCGGAGACGAGAACCGAAAAGGGAGCGCGGCAGAGACGGCCUCGGAAGGGACCGGCCGGGCGGCGCGCGACGGCCUCGGCAGGGGAGAGACGGAACAGCGACGGCGCCCUUAGCGCCCCCGAGACCACGACAGAGCGGGGGGGAAAGGGCAGGGGAAGGAGGAGGGGGUCACACCCCCGUCCCCGGCGCUCUCGCCUCGCACGCGCGCGGCAGCACGGCACGGUACCCGCGCGGUACCCACCCGCAGACAGCCGCCCGCGUGGGGAAGAGGCCGGGGGCGAGGCCCGCGCCUCGCCUCCCUCUCGCCCUCUCUCUCUCUUCUCUCUCGGCCCUCGGCGGCGUUUGCCACGCCGUCGCUCGCUCUCCCCCGGCCGCCGCCGCCGCACCGCGGCGCGGCUCCGGCGAGGACGAGCUCCGCCCCAGCGGCUCGCUCCGGGAGCGGGGAGCUACGGAGCGCUCCCCGAGUCUGCAUUUAGGGGGACGAAGGCCCUGCGCGGCCGACGACGACGACGACGACGACCGCCGCCGCCGCCACCGCCGACCGCGGGCAACGGGCCUGCGAGGCGACCCCAGCCGCGCCGCCGGGGCGGCCCCCCGGACGGCGAUUGAUCGUCAAGUCGGUGAAAAGGCGGGGGGACCCGCGCCCCCGACCGCCUCCCCCCGCAAGGGGAGACGCCGCCUCGUGUGCCGGCCUUCGGAGGCGGCCCAGGCGCCCGGGCUCGACCCGGCCUCCGCGCGGAGGGCCGCGCGGCGCGCGCCGGACCGCGGGGGCACGGCGGCCCGCCCGGCCCUCGCUUUUCACGGGACGACACACACACACACGCACGCGGCCGCGGGGCACGGCCGUCGGACCCCGCGCGCGCUGGCCUCUCUCCUCGGCCGCUCCGCGGGGCUCGCGGAGCGCCGCCGCGCCACGGCGCGACCGGCUCUCUUCUCCCCAGCGGCCUUCCCACGCUCGAGACGACACGCGACGACGACCGCCCCGCCGGCGCGGCCCCCCCGCGGGACCGCUCCCGCCGGGCAGGCGAGCGUCUGGCGGACGCGCUCCGCCGCCGGGGCCGGAGGCGGACGCCGCCGAGACCCGAGCCGGCGUCGCGAGCGCCCGAGGCCUGCCGGACGGCAGGCCCACCGCCGCCGGGGCCGCACUCCCGGGACCGCCGCCGCCGCCUCGCACCGUCGGGCUCCCUUUCCCCGGGCUCGCGCCCGGCGGGAGGCGUACGGCGCAGAGCCGGGGGGACACGCCCGCUCUCCUCGUUUCCACGCGGAGACCGGGCGGGGAAGCGCCCCCGCGGCCGCCCGCACGCCUCCCUUUCGGCCCACACGCGGCCGGGAAGGGCGACGGGGACGCGACGGGCAGGGUCCCGGGCCGGGACCGCCGCCGGCCACGGCGGGUGCCUUCCGGCCGACCGUCCCCGCAGAGGGGGACACCCGUCGAGCGGCGCCGCCGCCGCUCGGCACGGGGUCGCCCGCGCUCGCGGGCCUCCGCCGACGGAGGGCCCGCCGAGCGCUCGCCCCCCGGGCGGGCAGGGCGGUCGAGCCAGAGGGGACGGCCGGAUGGCCGGCGCCGACGGUGCGUUCGAGGAGGAGGAAAGGCCGUCGAGGGAAGAGGCGCGGCCGCGCCGGACGCGGCGCCGCCCGCCAGACCGCGGCGGCGGCCGAGGGGAGGGCGCGGCGGGCACCGGCGGCCGCAACCCCGCGGCUGAGGAAGGGCAGAGAGCGCGCGCUCUCUGCCGGCGUCGCCCGUUACCGUCGAGGCGAGCGGGUCGGCCCCGCGGCCGACCGCGCGCCACGGCCUCUCCGCCGAGGCCGGGCCGCGGAGAGGGGGGGGCAGGGCGCCCCUCCCCGGCUCGGCGCGUCGACGACGACGACGAGGGCCACGACGCCGACGCCGACGGCGGGAGCGGCCGGCCGCUGGCAACGGACACCACCGCAGGGGAUCAGCGGGAGUAGCUCCCCACCCCUCAGUGGCACCGCACCACCGCCCGGCACACACCCGCCGCCACCGCCGCCGCCGCCGCCACCGCCGCCGCCGGGCCGCGCCGAGCCGCCCGAGUCUUUAAACCACCGCCCGGCUCGGCGGCCCUUUCGGCCCCGCAACAGCGUUUGA